AUGAGUGAUGAAGAAUCAGAAGAUGAAAACAGAUCCAAAUUCAAGUUGUCUAAGACUCAUUAAUUAAUUAAUCAACUUGAACAAAAACUAUCUAUUCUUGACAAAAAUAAUUCUCCUAAUAUUUAACCUAAUUAAAGGGAUUCUCAUCUCAAAAAUAAAUAAGAAUUGGAUAGAGAAUUAUAAGAAUUUGAAUAAAGAAUGAGAAAACUAAAUCAAACCGAAAAUUCUUAGUUACACUCUUCAUAAGCAAAAUCAAUUCCAAAAUAAUCACCAUAGAAAUUGAAUCUUUCUAAUCCUAUUUUAUAAUUGUUAACUCAAAAAUUAGAAAGUUUUGAUGAUGAUAAAAAUACUAUGUUAUCAUCAAAAUUAGAUCAUCUUAAUAGAGAAUAAUAAAUAUUAGAAUAAGAAUAAAUCAAUUUGUUAAGAGAAUAAUAGUAAGCAAAAUUUGAAUUAGAAUCAUUAUUAAGAACUUUAGAGAUUGAAGAAUAAAGAAAAUUGAAUGAAUAAAAGAUAUCAAUUCUUAAAGAAUAAGAAGAGAAAUUACUUGAUAUUCAGGAACAAAGUGAAAAGCUUAUAUAAGAGGAAGAAGAAAAAAAGACUAACUUUUUACUUGAAUUGUAAUAGCUAUCUUUUGAAAAAAAUUAAUUACAAACUUAAUUAUAAGUAUAUAUUCAAGUGAUAUUCUAUUUAGAACUUAUCUAGAGAAUAAGAAAUGCUAAUUAGUAAUAGAGACGAAAUAUCAAAUCAAUUAAAUACAUUAAUGUAAUUACAUAAUCAAAUACUAUAAAAUGAUUUAAAAAAGAAAAUAGUUCAUCUUGAAGAAGAACCAGAUCCUUCUCCUUUAUAGAAUCUUUAUUAGAUGAAUUAAUAAAUUCAAGAAUCAAUGAAUUAAUAGUUAUCAUUAAUAAGAUAAGAAUUAAAUGAAUAAAAAUAAAUAAAUUUAGAUCUCUUAUAGCUUUUGAAUGGAGAAUAGCAACAAACACAAAGAUAAAUGACAUCAACUGAAAUAUAAUAAUAGUUAGAAUAGCAAUAAUAAUUGCAAUAAUAAUCAAAUUCUUAAUUGUAAUUUUAAAUGGGUACAAAUAAACCUGAUUACAAUCUGAACGAAGAUUUGAAAAGUGAGGAAAGCAUCGUUAUGAUCUAAAAAUAUAAUAAUAAUUAAAAUGCUAAUUCAUAAAUAUAAAAAGACUUUAAUUAGCUUUUUGAAAAGCACAAGAAAUAGUAUUUUGUAUACAAAUAAAUUAGAUUAUUUAAGCCAAAAUAAAAAUUAUAUUUGAAAUAAACCAAGGCAAGUGCAGAAAAAAGAAGAAGAUCUAUAGAUUUGACAUAAUCUAAAUCAAAAUCUAAGUCGAAAGAAAGGGAGAACAAUAUUUUGAAAGAAAAAGAAAAAAAGAAAACUCCUUUAUCAUUUGAAGAAACAUAUAAAAGAAACAUUUAAGAUUAGUUAAGAAAACUAAAUUUCAUUGUAGAAAAAUCUUUAAAUAAUAAAUGAA